AGUCCUCCUACCGCCAUCACCAUUCCAUUAGCACGGCUUUUUCGCGCCCUGCGGGCUAAAAUCAAUGCGGGAGACCUCAUACUCCAUACAAAAAUGACGACGGAAAAAUUGGGAGGAUAUGAGUUCUAUCGAAAUGUCCUGGGCAGUCCGAAAUACAUUGUAGCCCCGAUGGUGGACCAAAGCGAACUCGCAUGGAGAAUUUUUUCUCGACGCUACGGUGCUCAGCUUGCAUAUACGCCAAUGAUUAACGCGAAGAUGUUUGCCGAUGAUAUUCAUAAGAACACUUGGAAAAAGAACUUUGAUUCAGAAUCUGGUGAAGAAGGAGAUCCGACGAUUGACCGGCCUCUCAUCGUCCAAUUCUGUGCAAACGAUCUAGAGAAGCUACUGAUAUCCGCCAAAGCAGUAGAGGCUCACUGUGAUGCCGUGGAUAUCAACCUCGGAUGUCCUCAAGAUAUCGCAAAGAAGGGGAAGUAUGGUGCGUUCUUGCAGGAUGACUGGGACUUGAUCUAUCGACUGAUCAAUAUCUUGCAUACGAAUCUUUCUAUUCCCGUGACGGCGAAGUUCAGAGUAUUUCCGACAGUGGAGAAGACGAUCGAAUAUGCUAAAAUGUUGGAGCGCGCCGGGGCCCAGAUUUUGACAUGUCAUGGGCGAAUACGAGAGCAACGAGGGCACCUAUCAGGUCUCGCGGACUGGGACAAAAUUCGUGCGGUGAAGGAAGCCGUUUCGGUCCCCGUAUUUGCUAACGGGAACAUACUGUACCCUUCCGACAUUGCAAAGUGCUUAAAGGCUACGGGCGCCGACGGAGUUAUGAGUGCCGAAGGACAACUCUACAAUCCAGCCCUUUUUGCGAACGUCCCUACCGACGUAGAGGAACUCUCCAAUCACAAAUUACUCGAGCAGCAUAUCCCUCAUGUCGACUUGGCUCUGGAAUAUCUGUCUAUUGUUCAAUCUCUAAAGACACACACUUCGAUAAGUGCCAUCAAAGGUCACCUGUUUAAAAUUCUACGACCGGGUCUAUCGCACGACAAAGAUCUUAGGGAGAAGCUGGGGAAAACAAUUAUAAAAAAGGAUCAAGACUGGAGACAUGGCGGGUUACAACCCUACAUUGAUGUUUGCAUGGAGCUGAAGGAGCGAAUGGAGGCGAACGCGAAGGCAGCUUUAGGUCAAGAUUCGGAUAAACUGGUUACGCUCGACAAAUCCACUGGAUUACCUGUUCUUCCGCACUGGCUAGCUCAACCAUAUUUCCGGCCACUGCGGGAAGGUACUUGGACAUUUUAUCUGUUGUCAUCUGCGCUAAUCUUCAUCUAGUAGCUACAAAAGGCGUUACCAAAUCGACGGAAGGUAUUCCUGCGAAGCGUCAACGUUCCGAAGCAGAAGGAAUCGCUGAGGACGAGAGUAAAAGACUGAAAUUGGAUGUGGAAUACCAGCCAGUCGAGACGCUCCAUAUCGUAACGUAGAUCACUUCUGUAUAACCUCUUCCAUUAGAUUCAUCCGCAGGUUUGCGUUUAACGUUCAUACCUUACUUGUAGACUUGUAUGUUAGAUUUAUAAUUUCAGUGUACCCUACUUUCGCUAGAUUGUCCUUUUAUUGUAUAAUGACCCAGGCCGGGGCCUUCACCGGUGCUCACUGUAAAAAUAUAUGGACUACAAUAUAACACUGCAUAUAGCCUACAGUCAUGACA